AUGAGAUGAAGGAGUUGGCAGAAGAGGUGCUCGGGCACAUAAGGAGCGUGGUAGGGGUGAGUGAAUUUGUCACCAUCUACAACAGUGUUAGGCAGUCGGUGAAAGUUCGGAGGGAUAAGCGCAAACAAGUACAAGCUAUCGAAAAACUAGUCGCGCCAGAAGCGGCAGCCAGGCGGAAGAUCAAGCUGGGCGUGAAAAAGCAGGAGCGUAAGAAACGAAAGAUUGACGAGCACCGGCGGCACCGAGCUGGCCAUAGGAUGGUCAACCAAGGUCAGAGGAGAGGACAAGAUCUGUGAGCUAUGCAAUCUUCUUCUUUUUCGCCCUCUUUUUUCUUCUUUUUUUUGGACACUUUUUUUUUGGGUGGUAGAUAAGUUUAGCUGGAAAAAGGUUGGAGGCCCAAUGUGGUUUGAACCUCGUGCCAAUAGUACCAAUACCGCCCUCUGUGUUGUGCGUUUAGCUUCAGGGACAUGGGUUAUGCGUCUUAUGACCACCACCACACUAGGACUUCUCGACCUGAAGCUGGGCGUUAUUCCGGCUAAAUUCGUCAGGAAAAGUCCGAGUGUCUGUAUGCUAUUAGAGUUACAGGCAGGGGGGACAUGGGUUAUGCCCACCACACUAGGACUUCUCGAACCGAAUCUGACCGAUAUUCUAGCUAAAUUCAUCUGGGAAAGUCCAAGUGUCCGACUAAAUUCAUCGGGGAAAGUCCAAGUGUCUGUUCUGUAUGCUGUUAGAGUUACAGGCAGGGGGAACAUGGGUUAUGCACACCACACUAGGACUUCUCGAACCGAAUCUGACCGAUAUUCUAGCUAAAUUCAUCCGGGAAAGUCCAAGUGUCUGUAUGCUAUUAGAGUUACAGGCAGGCUAGGCGAUGAGGAUAGGAACUUUCCAAGAAUAGGAAGAGAGUGAAAAGCAGGCGUUGCAUACGUUAGGAUUUUUUUUUUCGCCCUUCUAUAUAGGAAUUUUAUUUCCCCGUAAGUAAUGCUCGGCUGCCAGUGUGGGAAGGUUGACUGGUCCCACGCGUACAGUGGAACUCAGCAGGUACCACACUUCACCAACAUAUUGAACCUGGUCCAUAUUACAGUGAAUAUGAAGGACCAGCAUUUUGAACCUGGUCCGGGCUGUGAUCAUGGAGGGCCACCUCCACGGCUCAUAUUGUUAAGGACCAGCUCAUGCAGUGUGUGACCGCUGCUGACCCACAUUCAUUAGGGCACAGGAAGAGUUCUGAAGUGCUGGUUGUUGCGGCUUUUCUUUUUCUUUUUCUUUUCCCCCCUUGUUGUUAAUGUUUCUUUUCCUGCGGGAAAGAGUAUUGAUUGGCGGUCCAGCGGGUAUUUGUGUGAGAUGAGUUUUCAGAAGACUGGCAUUUUCCAUCAUUGAGUGUCAUCUCGUCGAGGUUGCAGGUUUCUGCUGGCUAGAAGACUUGUAUGUAAUCUAGCUUCUGAUAAUGGAAUUCUCCCAAGAUGGUAAUUGAUAAAAUCACAGUUUUGUU